UUUAUAUAUAUAUAUAUCUAUAUAUACUCACAUUCAUAUAUUCACACACACACAUAUACAGAGACACGCAUACAUACAUACACUUAUAUUCUUUAUCUCAAAACAAUGAGUUCAGUCUCGUCUCAUGAUGGUAGUGAUAAAGAUUCUUUACGACUUCGAGGUACGUCUGACGGUCUUCCUUCUCGGUAUGCUUCUUUACGAAAAACAGACUUAUUGGAUGCUAUGGAAUCUGUUAAAAAUCGUGAUACUGAUAGUUGGAGUGUAGCAGCUACCAUUGAUGACCAAGAAUCUGUCAUUAGUGUACAAGGUGGUCUUGUUGGUCUUUCUUCUAAUAGUACAACCCAUUUGGAUGAUACUUCCUCUUUGAAUGCUGGAAACAACUCUACUAAUCAUACCCUCCAUGGUCUCAGAAGUUUAAACAACACUACAAGUCGACUUUCGCAAGAUAUACCUUUGGAAACUCUACGCGACUUGGAUGACCAAACCAGUACAGGUGAUGACGAAGACAAACGUUCAAGAUCCAACGCAGCGGAAUUUGGUGAUGAUGGUACUCGAUCUGCUAAAGCUGACUUUGAUGAUACUGAUAGUGCUGGGGAUGACAUGGAUAAUGAUGAUAGCAACACUGAUAUGGAGAACCAUAGUAGUAGGGAUGGUGAUAAUGAAAACAACAACAAUGAUGACAAUAACAAUCAACAAGAACAAGAACAACAAGAACAUCAAAAUCAACUUGAUUCCUGCAAACGAACAGCUCGGCCUUUGGACAACCAUCGACGUCAACGAAAACAUAUCGAUGUCGUCAAUGAUUCUAUUGCUGCUCCUCCUCAACCUCAACCCUCCUUUACAGCAGUUACAAAAUCUUAUGUGGAACUAUUGGAAGAAAAUGAUAUUUUACAAACGCAAAUUCAGAAUCUUCGUCUCACUCAAAAGCACCAGGCUCAGGUCAUCGACAAUCUCAGAACACUAACGGAAUGUAAUGAAAAGGUAUUUGAUAAGGCCGUCCAUCUCUCUCAAGAGCAUCUCAGCAAAGUAUCAGAGUCUCAGCAGCUUGAUAAUGAACAACAACAAGAAGAUGAACAACAACAAACGUCUAUAUUGACGCCAACCGUUGCACCUUCCACAUCAUCCUCUUCUUCUUCUUCAUUUGUGAUACCUCCUCCCCCUGUGGUGUUUGCUCAUACGAUCUCUGAUCUCCUGACUCGUUUGGCAGAGUGCGUGAAUCAAUUUGUGAAGCUUACUGUGGAUGUACCAUGGCAGUUAUUAUUGGAACAACAUCUCUUUACUGCAAUUACGGAUGCUUACCUUGUGGCACUUCCAUUUGGCACCGACAAUCAACAACUUUUGAAUACGGCGUAUCGCGAUCAAUUGCGUCGAUUUCAAUCUACUUUGGGUUCCAGUUUUGCAAAAUGGUAUCGUCGUCAAACCGUUCAAUCUCUCUCAUUGAAUCCAGCCACCAAAGAAUACUUGGAACAUAUGCAUGAACAACUUAGUAUUGGAUUGUUAGAUAUCCUGGACAAACAUGGUAUGCAAAAAUCAAAUCAACCUGCUGUCAUUGAUCAAGAAGCUUGGAAGGAUGUGUUACAAUGGUGUCGUAAUCUCUCUUUGGAAAUACAUGGUGGUGAAGCGGAUGUGAUAGCUCAACCUAUUACGAUUGGAUCGGAUUAUGACUCGGAUAUCAUGCUGAUGGUGGCUGAUAAGAACAACAAUAAUGAUGAUGAUGAUCAUAAGACAAAUCCUGAUAUGACUUCUUCUUCUUCUGUGGGUGAAAGGAAAAAGGUCAAAUUUGUUGUGAAUCCUCUUUUCAUUGAUGAAGAUGAUCGUGUACUACUAUUGGCCAAGGUCUUAUUGGAAUGAACAUGGGCUUUUUUUUUUUUUUUUGAUUGAACAUUUAGUUUAGCUUAUAUCUAUUUUAUAUUCCUUUCUUUU